UCGAAGAAGAUGGAAUCUAAUGACUUUCAAGUCUAAGAGAUAGUUAAAUUGCAAAGACAAAGCAAGGGAUGCCUCAAAUUUAAGCCUGAAGUUGCUUUAAUUAGCAAUGUCAAGAAGUCCUUAUCAAGUCUGCGAAAAGCUUAAGAGAAACUUUAUCUUUAUCGCGCUUAAAGUUUAGGUAAAACUUCAUCUUCUUCUUCAUUAUUUUGUUUACUUCCUUACUUUAGGAUAUUGGAGAGCUUUGCCAUGUGUUGUACGCGUGGGCACUUUGCACUCCAAAAUCCUCCCUUUUGCCGAUCUACGCGUCCUGCAAUUGAAAAAAUGGUGCCGAUCUGCUUUGAUCUUUCUAGAGAUCGCCAACCACUUGUUCUUCUUCUUUUGAAUUUCUGAACCGAUCGCCAUUGUCGCCGAAUGGUCAAAGUUGGGAGGAAAAGGACACCCAAAGUGCUUGCUGCAAUAAAAUCCCAGUCUAAACAGGGGAAGUUCGUCUCGUCUCGUCUCGUCUCGUCUCGUCUGCUUUUUCAGCUUUGUGUUUCGCCGGAAAAAUUGAAGUCGAUGGAGUCUCCUGCUGCACUGAUCCUUGUAUUGAUCUUCAGUCUGUUGUCGUCCAUGGCGUCUUCUUCCUACUACAGGUAUGCGGAUUGUGCUCCUUUCUUGUAUCCCUGCGGCCAUAAGAAGUUCAACGUCAGCUAUCCGUUUCACGUCGAUGGGCAUCCUAACUACUGCGGCUACCCGGGGUACUUCCUCUGGUGCGACAAGGAGAAGUCUUGCAUCAUGAUCAACAUCAACGGCAGGAGCUACCAGGUGAAGAACGUGGACUAUGUGAACCACCUGAUCGACGUCGUUGACCGAGAUCUCUUGUCGAUGGACUGCCCUGUGCCGACCGAGAACGCCAGCAUCGCCUCGCACCUGUACGGCUGCAGCGAUCGCGAUCGUAACGCCACGGUGUUCUCCCACUGCGAUGGCGUCCCGCAGGGGCUCGAUCCGAUCAAUUGCUCGAGUGGCGCCGCCGCCGGACGCCGGGGAUACUACACGCUCAGAGAGGGCGUGUCGGCGGGGAUCCCGUGCAACUCGACCGUGGUGGUGCCGAUGCACCAGGGGGCGGCGGACAGGCUGGCGAUGGGGGAGCUGAACUUCAGUAACGCGGUGGCGGAUGGGUUCUCGGUGAGUUGGACGGCGGGGAGGGGGUGGUGCAGCGAUUGCAUUAACUCAGGCGGCCUGUGCGGGUUCGACGGCAGCUCUCCGACCAACAACAACACCUGUUAUUGCUCCUAUGGAUCAGGAUUUCCGAGGUGCUCUAAAGGAAGAUCUGGUCACAGGAGGGUGAAGAUUGUAAUCGGUUCUGUGGCGGCAGCCGGCGUUUUGGUGCUACUCUGCGCUUGUUUUCUGUGCUUGAAGCGGAAGAGGAACAGAAUGCAUUCCCCAUCCUCCAAAUUUCUCGAUCGAAAUGCCUCUUUUAAGCCGAAUCUGAAGGAUGCUGAGCUCAACGCUGCUCGUCUACAGACCCAUCUCUUCUCCUACGACGAGCUGCUGCAGGCGACGAACCGAUUCGAUCCCUCGAAUGAGCUCGGCGAUGGAGGCUUCGGCACUGUCUACAAAGGGAAGCUUCGAGAUGGACGCACCAUCGCCGUCAAGCGGCUCUACGAGAACAACUGCCGGCGGCUGGAGCAGUUCGUGAACGAGAUCGAGAUCCUGUCGCGGCUCCGGCACCAGAACCUCGUCAGCCUUUACGGCUGCACGUCGCCCCGCAGCCGGGGGCUCCUGCUGGCGUACGAGUUCGUGCCGAACGGGACGGUGGCGGAUCACCUGCACGGCCGCCGCGCCGGCGAGGGAGUCCUCACGUGGCCGGUGCGCCUGGGCAUCGCCAUCGAGACGGCGGACGCCCUCGCGUACCUCCACGCCGUCAACCCUCCGAUCAUCCACCGCGACGUCAAGACCUGCAACGUCCUGCUCGACGGCAGCUUCCGCGUCAAGGUCGCAGAUUUCGGGCUGUCGAGGCUCUUCCCCGAGGACGCGACGCACGUCUCGACGGCUCCGCAGGGAACGCCGGGGUACUUGGACCCCGAGUACCACCGGUGCUACCAGCUCACCAGCAAGAGCGACGUCUACAGCUUCGGCGUCAUGCUGGUCGAGCUCAUAUCGUCGAAGCCCGCCGUCGACAUGGCGAGGGACCGGAGCGAGAUCAACUUGUCGAGCAUGGCGGUGGCCAGAAUCCAGAACGGUGACCUCGAGCAGCUGGUGGACGCCGGCUUGGGGUACCGAUCCGAUCAGGCGACGAGGAAGAUGAUCGCCAUGGUGGCCGAGGUGGCGUUCAGGUGCUUGCAAGCCGAUGGAAACAUGAGGCCGUCCAUAAAGGAGGUGCUCGACGAGCUGAGAGCCAUAGAGAUUGAGGGGCGGCGCAAAGUUGCCAAGAGUGGAGAUGAUGAUGAUGUUUCGUCGAAUAAAGGAGCACCCACAUCGCCGGACACGGUCAUGAACAAGUGGAUCAGCGGGACUACAAUAUCGAACGCAAGUGAGCACCUCACACGGUCGAGCACCAAUGCCAUCUAACACGGUCAUGAACAAACACAAGUCAGCACGAUGAAGCACCAAUGUCACUCGGCACGGUCAUGAACAAGCUAAGUAGGUUACACGAGUGGGCACCUACCACGAUCAUCGAACGAUGGGGCACUAAUGUCACUCGGCACGGUCAUGAACAAGCUAAGUAGUCAUCGAACGAUCUAGCACCCAUGUCACCUGACUCGAUCAUGAACAAGUGGAUCAAUAGGUCUACAACAUCAAACACAAACACAAGCGAGUGACCCAUCGAACUUUUUAUUAACCAAUUUUGCCAAAGCUAAGUGUUUUUUAGAGGCAUUGAUCGGCCUAAUGUUGUUUUGUUUGCUAAGCUUUCGAUAAAUGAGUUGGAUUGGCGGAAGUGUACAUAGCAAACUUUUUAGGAUCACAUAGUGAUGUAGAAUUUCAUAGUGAUGGGAACCAAGUUCCAUAUGUGAACUAUGUACUGGAUUAGGAGUGAAACAUGUUGACUCAGGAGGGAAACAGGCCUAAAAUAUGAUUUAUAUAUUCUAGAAGGGAUAAAAUAAAAAAGGACUUGAACAGACUUAAUAUAUAAUGGUCAUUUAUGUUUUAUAGUCAGUUAUAUCUUUAUAGUAGUUGUGUUAGCAUUUUUUAGAAUAUAUGUUAUUAUAAGUUUAAGGGAAGUUAGAGGAGAGAGAUUUAAGAAUUAUUGUUAGAAUAAAGCAUUAGCUUUGACAAAAGCAUUGUCUUUGGCUUAUGGAUUGAGUUUCUUUACCAGAUUGUUUGUGUUAAUCCUAAUACAAUUCUGUGGUUUGUGUUUCUCUAUUCUGAAUUUUGGGAUGCCAA